ACCUCGUUCACAAACUCGAUUAUAAUCCUAAAGAAGUAUUAGAAAUACUUCAAAAACAAAUGACUAACGCCACGACACCAUUCACAUCUGUUGAUCAAUGCGUUCCAAAUUUGAAGACCAUUACUGUUAGCAAUGCAAAUGUUUCUCCACUAAUAAAGGGGAUUCCUGCAACUUACAUACUCGAAAAAUUACACCAGCUCGGACCAAGUUAUUUUAAUGACAAAUCAACAGCAUUUGCUGAACUUCACAUUGAAGGAAACAGUAAAUUCUAUUGGGUACAUAAAGAAUAUCUUGUUCUUCAAUCAAAUCUAUUUAAUGAAAUAUUUGAUAAUGUUUCGAAUGGUGAUGUCAUCACAAUAACACUCCCAUCUCCCGACGCAUUUGAUCCGAUCCUCGAAUACUUUUAUGAUGGAGAUGCUGAUAAAUUUUAUGAUAGUUUCACUUUGGACAAUUUUAAAAGCAUUUGGGAAAAUGUUGAACUUCAUGAAAGGGGUGAUGAAGCUAGAACUCCCG